UGCAAACAGCGCGCGCGCUUCAAAGCACACACGAGCGGAUUCGUCGUACGACUUUGGGGGCAGCAAGCGCACACGCCAGCCGGUCCAUACGAAAUGCGAAUUUUUGCGCGGUCCAUGCUGGGCACACAUUACGCCAACGAAGUAAUUGUACGGUGACGGGCUCUCGCAAAGCAACUCAGCGCAUACGCAGUGCUCGAGCUACUCGUGUACGCGUCGUCGUCGUCGUCGUUGUUGUCGUGUGCCCAUAAAAGCGCCCUAGCGAUGAAAAAACAACAACAAAAUGUGCAAGAAGUCAACCAGUUAAAAUUUUUAACACAUUCUAAUCAAAAUACGCGACGCCUUACAACAAAAAACAAGAUUAGACAACAACAAAAAAAUCGAUAAUUAAAUAUAAACCAACAACAACAAAAAACGACAAGAAAAAACAAACCAACAACAACAAAAAAAUAAAUAGAUCAACAAUGACAAAAAAUUAAUAACAAAAGCAACAAAAAAAUAAAACAACAAAAACGAAAAAUAGCCAACAACAAAAAAAAAACAAAACAACAGCAACUAAAAAAGCAACCAACAACAGCAAAAACAAAUUAACUUCAUGCUGCAGGAAAAAACCACAUUCAUCUACUGCGCCAUUUGAUUGCUUGGCAUUCUGUUGCAACUCUCCAACUCGCUUGCCACAAUGCCGUCGGCUUUGCAACAUAUCAACUGAGCGCGUCAAACGGAUACCAGUUUCGCUGCUGCACGCUCUGCCGGUGAUUAAUUGCGACUGAGUUCAAAAUUAUACGAAAUACUCCGUUUGAAAGGUAGCCUUAAGCCGCUGGAGACGCCGGCAGCCAUAACUGACCAAUGAAGGUUGGAAAAUCGCGAGGCCUAUGAGAGUUUAGAAGCUGCUGAUGGGAGCUUGUGCCGUUCGCUGGUCCACAACGGUUACUGGGAAGUCAUAAGAGAGAGAGUCGCAGAGCAUGUGUUCCAUUUUUCAUAAUCGCAUCAACUAUCGCGGUUUGCGCAGCAAUUCGAGUGGCAGCAAUAGUAGUGGCAGCAUAAGUAAUCUGAGCAAAGAACUGGAUGCCGAUCGCAAUAAUAAUGGCGGUAGCGGUGGCGCUGGGGGCGCUGUUGUGGGCAGCGGCGAACACAAUGAGCACAACGGCGACGAAACGACUUGUGGGGAUGAACGCAAAGCAGGCAACCGGUUGCCUUUGAAGAGCGCCAAUUCCACGCCCGACAGCGCGGUCGUCGACGAGAACGCCGAUCCCCUUUGCAAUAUGCGUGCGGCCAGCGUGGAACUGGCGGAGCAACGUAGCAGUGCGGAGCGCGAUGAAGGCGAGGACGAGUCGGAGGAGUUGGCGGGCGACAGCAAUGAGGCGUUGGAUUUGUCCGUGCUGCCGAGCAAUCGACUGCCCGGUAGCGGUCAUGUGGCAUUGGAGGCUUUACAACACACCAAAGUGGCGGUGGCGCAAUUUGCCGCCUCAGCGCUGAGCGGCGCACAAAAUUACGGCGAAGCUAUGAACGAGCUGGCGAUGGUGCAAUCGACGAUACUGAAUGUGCAGCGGCAACAUCUGAUGCAACUGCAGCUAAUACAACAUCUGCAGAGUCAACUGAAGCGCGCUGGCGAUCUGACAAUGGAUGCCGAGCAGCUGGAAGAGCAACAGCAUGCGGAUGAUUCUGAGCACUCGGCGCCAAAGCGAAGAUACUUGCAAACGCCUCCGGCGGAAGCGGAAGAGAAGCUGGCGGAAGCUGUAUCCACAAGUGUGGCUUUGAAUGCAGCAAGUGCACAUAACAACUUAAAAGCCAAUGAGCCGUUCAAUGCCUCGCGGCCGCCAUCUACGUCAAAUGAAGAGAAUACAAAGACUGAAGAGAGAACAAAUAAGAAGGCGAGGGAGCCGGCGUCAAAGCAUGCCAAAAAUGAGGAAGCUAGUAAUACAGACAGUACUAGUCUGGCUGUUGUGGGUCCAACGCGACCAGCUCAUAGCACCGCAAAUAACAGCAAUUAUCAACCUUUGAUGUGUGAUAUUAGCUCCUCGCUCGCCUCUAGCAUUAUCACGAAUCAUGAUCCAUCGCCUGCACCUAACGAGAUGAACUGCUUGGAGAUGUUGCAACGCCGCACCGAGGAGGUGCUCGAUUCUGCCUCACAAAGCUUGCAUGCCUCACACCUGCAAGACGACUAUGAGUACGCGCAGAAGGAUGCGCAGGGUCGUGGUGAGAUAUUUAAACACCGCUGCAAGUAUUGCGGCAAGAUCUUCGGCUCCUUCUCGGCAUUGCAGAUACACUUGCGCUCACACACCGGGGAGCGACCAUUUCACUGCAAUGUCUGCGGCAGCAAAUUUACAACCAAGGGCAAUCUGAAAGUCCACUAUCAACGGCAUACACAGAUAUUUCCACCCAUGUUGCUGGCGCCUGGACCGGGUAGUGCUGUUGUGGAACAGUUUCCAACUUAUGGCGCACCAGUUGGCGGACCGCUAAUGUCAGGUGUGACACCAGUAAGAUUAGCCGCGCCAGCAGAGGAUAGUAAGCAGCUGAGUUGUGAGGAUCCGCCACAAAUUGCACACAAAGAAAAGCAUGAGGAACACGCAAAGAUCGCAAUAAGCAAUCGUGUCACAAAACCGGAAGCGCCAAAUUCACCUAUUGACACCCCGCAAGACCUAAGCAAGCCGCAUCAUUCGCCUGUAUUGCACGAAAACCCGUCUCCGCUAGAGCCGCCAAGUCCACCACCAAAGACCUCACCGGUAUUAAAACCAAGUACAGAGACAAAGCAUGAAAAACCGGAGCGUACGAGCAGUCAAAACCCGCCACAACCCAAUCAGCAUACGUCGAAGCGCAGUAGCAAUGCGCGGAAACGUAACUCACACGCUAAUACGUCACAUGCCGGCGCCAGCGAAACACGUAAGCCACAUGCACACGACAAGUGCGAACGCGAGCGCGAGCGCGAACGCAUGCUGGAAGGUGGCGAGUUUCUGCAUAAAUCCGCAUCGGCCUUACGACGCUCCUCGCUGAGUCGCAACUCCAGCAAUAGUGGGCUCGAGCCGCCGCAUAUCUCAUCCGAAUACUCGCUGGCGCAGAUGGAACGCAUUAUCGACAAAUCGUGGGAGGAUCUCAUCGAGAUCGACACCACGUCGGAGACUUCGAAGCUGCAACAGCUGGUGGAUAAUAUCGAGAACAAACUGACCGAUCCGAAUCAAUGCAUCUUCUGUCACAAAGUGAUGUCCUGCCGCAGUUCAUUGCAAAUGCACAUACGCACACAUACCGGCGAGCGACCGUUUCGUUGUAAAAUUUGCGGACGUGCCUUCGCCACCAAGGGUAAUCUGAAGGCGCACAUGAGCAUACACAAAAUCAAACCGCCGAUGCGUAGCCAAUUCAAAUGUCCCGUCUGUCAUCAGAAGUUCUCGAAUGGCGUCAUACUGCAACAACACAUACGCAUACACACGAUCGAUGACGGCAGCGGCGCUUUGGUUGGCCUACCGGGGGUCAACAUAAAUGGCGGCAUGUUGGGCGCAUUUUCACUGCCAAUGGGCGCACUGCCACCGGGCACACCCAACACAGCCGAGGCGGUGGCGGAGCAUAAUGCACGCAUGAAGGCGCACAUGGAUGCCGCGAUUGAGGAUCAAAACUCGAAUAAGUCAAUGGGCACAUCGGAUAACUUUGAUUUCUCCACGACAUCCGAUUAUUCCGGCCAGCGUUCGGAAUCGUCGCAAGGUGAUUUCGACGAUUUCAUGACCAUGGACAGCACCGAUGACUCACGCGAAAACACGAGCUCCUUAACGCCCUUUGAUCGUCGUUUGGCGGACGACUACGCCGACGAACGCAUGCAUGAGUCCGGCGAACGUGGCGAUACUGCUGAGCUGCCCAAUCCGAUGGCUGCUAUGGCAGCUGCAGCGGCUAUGGACCUCUCGGCACGUGGUUUCCCCGCUAAUGGCGUGACGCAGAAGGCACUCGAACAUCACCUACCUAUGUUGGGUAUGUCACCGAAUUUUCUGCUGAUGGCAGCGGCGCGCGAAGAAAUGCAAAUGUUGGGCGCGCAUGCCAAGUUUCCGCUAUUGCCUUUCGGACCGCUGGGAUUUAUGGGUCUACAUCCACAGACGCAUUUGUGUAAUGUGUGCUUCAAGAUCUUCCCCAAUUCGGCCGCAUUGGAGCGUCACACGCAUAGCGAACAUACCAAAGAUGUUGCUAAUAGCACAACAACAACAACAACAACACCGACAACAACCACACCAACAGCAUUAACUAUUUCGUCGGCUACAACAACAACGACUACCCAUUCUGGCAACAAGAGCAACAAUACAGCGACAACAAGUGCCAACGCUGCAUCGCAUGAUUCAAGUUGUUCCGCGAAUUGUGACGGAGCAUCACCACCAACAUACAAUGCGAAGCUUUCAGUGAGCAGUAACCUAUUUCCAAAACAAAACAGCAAUGAAGAAGACGAAGAACGCGUUACAAAUAACAGUACAGCAUCCGUAAAUAAUCAAAAUAGCAACACAACUUCUAAAAACGGUAAUUGCUUGACCAAGACAACACAAGCGACUAGCCCUAAUGAGUUGGAAACUAGCGAAGCGUCUACACUUCACGAGCGCAUUAAGCAAGAACCCGAUACAGAAACCGAAUGUGAGUCACAACAGUUAAAGACCAAUAUUUCAAGAUCCUCACCUACACCAAGGACGACACCAUCGCCUUUGCCACCAGCGCAAACGCUACCAAUGCUAACAGGCUGCAUACCAACAGCUUCACCAGCCAAUAGCACACUGGAACAACAAAGCGGGUCUGGGUCAACACAUUCACCAUUCGAACUCGCUGUACAUCCACAUUUGGCCUUGCCGCACAACAACGCCGAGCAGUCGCUCAUGCAAAUGCAAUUACUAUCCUCACUUCCGCAUGAUACCAUGCAAUCCAUGCAACUGCAUUAUGGCAACGCCCAUUACCAUCACCACUAUCAUCACCACCACCAACAACAACAACAACAUCAACAACACCCGCCAUCGCAUCCACACCAACAACCACAACAACAAUUGUCACAUAAAUCUUUGCUGCCCGCAGAUGCACAUCGUUUCCCAGCGAGCCCAUUGGACUUUCAACAGGCUUUGAUGUCGGUCGGUCCACCGAGCUUGAGUGCCGACGCUGCCGCCGCCGCGAAUCAGAAGCAUUUCUGUCAUGUGUGCCGACGAAACUUUAGUUCGAGUUCAGCGCUUCAGAUCCAUAUGCGUACGCAUACUGGAGACAAGCCAUUCCAGUGCAAUGUGUGUCAGAAGGCCUUCACAACCAAAGGAAAUUUGAAGGUCCAUAUGGGUACGCAUAUGUGGACGAAUCCCACAUCACGGCGUGGUAGACGCAUGUCACUUGAAUUACCCUUACAUCGCCCUGGUAGCAUGCCGAGUGAGACCGAUUUCAUGCAAAGACGGCCAGAACUAUUUUUCCCAUAUUUACCGCCAUUUUUCAAUGGAUUACCGCCAAAGCCUGGUGAUCUAAGUCCUGGUGCAUUUCCGAAUCUAACACCACCACAUUUUCCGAAUGGCGCAAAUGCUGGCAAAUAUCCACCUGGACUCCUAGGUUUGCCACCAUUUCUGGCACCACCUUAUAAUUUCCCGGGCAUGACAACGCAGUCACAUGGCGAUAACAGUAAAUCCCCCACACCAACAAGAGAUGACAACAGACAUUUGGAGAGCCCUUCACGCGGCUCAGCUUUAGAUACGACAGCGCCUUGGCAUAUGUUAGGAAAAAUUAAAACAGAGAACAAUCAAAAUGACGAAUUGUCAACAACGCCGACGAGUAGUUGUAAUCAAAUCGACGAGAUGCACAACGAAGUGCAACAUGUAGUGGACUAAAUGUGAAAAUUUAGGCUUUCAAAUUGUUAAGACGGAGUGAUAGGCUUUCUAAUUUGUGAGCGUUAGAUGAGUUGUGGGUUGAAAAGUAAUUGGAGUAGGCAAGAAAAUGGUAAAGUCUCUUUCGAAAUCGGUUGCCUCUGAUCCUCAGCUAAGUAAAACUUUUUCCUUAAAUUAAAAAAAGAUAUAAUUUGACCAUAGAACCAGAGGAGAAGUUGUAUUUAAAUAACAUUUUCUGAUUUCUAUCCGAGAUAUUGGUUCUACCAAACUAAAAAAAUAUAUGUGGAGGGUAUUUCAGACUUGACCUGGCAACCGCAGACAAUCACAAAGGAAGUGUUAAAAUGUUGGAUUUUCUUCCAUAGAACUUCUGUAGCUGGCGUCCAGUAAGAUUUACAACCUUACAGCAUGGACGCCGAUAGGCCUGUUAGAACUUCCACAACUAGGCAGAGGCUGUCCCUAUCAUGUGCAAAGAGCUCACUGGAUCUUAUACGAUCGAUCAUGAGUCAAGCGGAUCUUACGACAGCACAUAAACCGAUGGUAGUCGAGCGGUAACCAAGUUCCUGCGAAGCCCAGCUAUCCAGUAAUAGAACACAGGAGGAGGCUCGAGGACCGAUCCGUUAUCAUUCUAUUGAUAGCGAAACUGUUGUAACUAUCCUUGCCAGCUCAUCAGAUUUACAGUUACGUACGAUUCCGCUGUGGUCUGGCAUUCGUACUAAUCUUAUACAUAGUGACUCUAUUCCAUUGCUAACGAGGUUAGACAUUCUUUAGCCGGCCGUGAAGGCUCGGUAAGUGAGCUCAAUGUAGACUCGGCGUUUUGCUAUCAGAGUGGAUAGUCACUUCACUGGAGGCUGCACUCUGGAGUAGUAAAUCUACCACUACCAUAUUGGCAGCAACUUCGGCUUAAAAACCCCGCAAUAGUCAUGUAAUUUGAGACUGAAAUUUAUAAAGACUCCUGACAAUACAACCCUCCACCAAUCCUUGCUUGACCCAACCUUGAAGAAAGCCUGCAACUCUCCUCCAGCGGCUUCUACCCACCCAUAAUUCCAUCGCAGAUAAGUGGCCGGUGAAAAGGCGACAGAGUUUGGUUUCGUGAUUCCAAGAUUCAAAAGAUCCGGUAUAAAGUUGAAGCGUGUGAGGAUUUCCGAAUGCUCAGAUAUGCGUUCCGCCGAUAUCUAUAGGCACUAUAAGCAUAUAAGCAUACUAUGGUUAAAGUGGGCUCUAGUGCACCACAUAUGCUGAUGAGCGCCGGCUGUUGAGCGAUCGCUAGCCUACUUACGAGUGUGAUCUCUUCUAGGUCCCUCCACCACACAAAUACCACAUAAACGGAUUGACUAUGGUGUCGCAAGGCUAGAGCACUACUUUCGGUGAAAGACCCAACCUUUAACCAAUGCCUCCGCUGAAGCAGUAUAAGACAAUCAUGCCGUUAGGCUUCCAUGGAAGCUUCCUGUCUUAGACGAGCUCUAAAUGCUUCACGGUAUCUGCAUGCUGCAUGCAGUUGCUUCCCAUUCACGGCAAUGGUGCCCCCGAGAUCUUGUUUCUCUUAGUAAAUAUCAGUUUUGUUUUGGUUAAUAGCAAAACCACUUCCAAACAACUAGGGUAGGUAGGUAAUUGGAAGCAAAAAUUUGUUAUUCUCUCUUCUUUUAUCACAGUAUAUAAAAUUGGACACAAAAACUUUGGAAAAACUUUAUCGGAGAACGACUUUAGAGCCUUUUUAACAAAAAUACCCUGCUUAAGCCUUUUCAACCCACUCUCAACUAACUAUUUAUGAGGCAUUUUAAUUUCAAAUGAAAAAUGUGAAUGUAAAAUUAAUUUUUAACGAGUAGUUAAAGUGAAAACAUGGUUUUUGUGGAGUACAUAUCGUAAAAAGGUAAAAAUGCUUAAUAAUCAUUGCUAAAUUAUGAACAUAUGAAUAUUGUAAUUAAACAAAAUUAAACAAAAAAUCAAUACUGAAGGUAAUUUAUGGCAAAAACGUUUCAGCAUAAAUAUGCUAUGGCAUAAUAUAAGGAAAUAAAAUUAGAGCUUAGAACUUAAAGCGAGCGAAUUAGUUUUAGGUUACAGGGGCAAGGAGAAACUAAUUAAAAAAUAAUUAUUUAAUAAAAAUUAGUGUGAAACGCAGGUAUGCAUUUAAGUGGCAUUAACUUACUGUACAGUUAGAAUGUAAUAGGUAUAUAUAUAUAAAAGAUUAUUAUAAAAAAGAAUAAAUACUUUAGUACUUAGCACUUAAUUUAUGUAGUCAAGAUAGAAAGUGGCAAUUAUCAGCAACGAUUUGUGGCUAAGCAAAAACAUUACAUUUAAGUCAAUACAUACAUACAAACAAACACACACUAUGAAUGUGAAAACGCGUGCAAUGCAAUUUAUAAAUAAUGAGUAUUGUAAGAAAAAUCAAGUGCGAAAUAUUAAGAAAAAAACUUAAAUAAAAAUAAAUUAUUAAUUUAACUAAAUUUUUGUUUUUAUUAUUUUAAUAAUUUCGUGAGUUUUUUCUCAAAUAUUGUAUUUUUUAUUUGCUAUUACAUAAGCGUCUCUCUUUUUAGAGCAGAACAACAAAAAAAUAUUUAAAAACCUAAAAAAAAUAGAUAAUCGAGCCUAUUAACUAUAGUAAUCUGGGGGAUUCAUCACUACAAAAGACCUGAGCGCUUUCCAAAUCCUAGUUUCCAACAAAAAACAAGAGGAAAUUGAUAUCGGUCGCUUUUCAGAAGGCUUCCUUAAGCCACACCCUAAAUGUAGGCAACGAAUUGCAAACUAACAAGAAAAUAUUCAGAAACCUCACCUAUAGCCUUGUCGCUACUAUAAUUAUUACUAGCCGGCAGUUCCCUUGAUCUAUUGUCGUUCACUAUAAAAAACAAAGAAAUUAAUAAUUCUUUUAGUUUCUUCCUAAACACAGGCAAUGAAUUCAAGAAUAAAAAAAUCAAACUAUUAUGAGUAAUGGCAAAUUGCAAAAGUCAAAUUAUUAUUCCCCUGUUCUAUUGCCGUUUACUUGGAAAGCGCUGGACCUCUUUUUAGUGUUGGAACAACUUAUAGUUGACUCCGGAAUAAAUUUCUUAAAUUCUAUACAUAAUGGAGCUUUUCAGAGACAGGAAUGAAGAUGGUUUUAGAACCAUAUUACAUAAAACAAAGGUACCCCUCUAAGACCGGGUGUGGAUUUGAUUCAUAUCAUUUGGUAGUCGGAGUAGUAGUUUAUGAA